AAUUGCUACUUUGCACUGCACUGGACUAUGACUGAUUUUUGGCACAUGCUAUCAUACACAAAGUUCCUAAAAUAAAAUGCUCCAGGAUAUCCUAGGAACUCUUAGAAGGCUUUAAAAAGGGACUCACGCACUGAAAGAAUAUCUUUGAUGAAGACAAUUCAGGCAAGCAGAAUGAUUCUUGCAACAGAAUUACAUGAUUAAUUGAGAACUUGAAGUGGGUCCGGUGAAUCCUGGCCACCUAACUUAUCAUGAUUUGGGGGAGUUUCACGAGAAUCCAGUUUUGAUAAAACAAUUGUUUCUUUCCCCCCAAGUGACUAUACAUUUAAAUAGCUAAAACAUCUGUUCAGCAACAUAGUAAAACAUGUAUACUCGGAACGCUUGAGAGAAAAGCCUGCCAAACAAUCGGUUGAGAGAGACUUUGCUGAGGGAGAGCACCAAGAUAAAGCAACGUUGUUUGUUUUGUCUAGUCAGGGGGAAAGCCAAGGCAACCAAUAUUUUGGUUUUUAUAAUUUUCAUUUGUGAAGAAUUAUUUGAGAAAGGGUGGCGAGGGGAGAUUUCCUGACGGGAGUUUUUUAAGCUGUCCAUUAGUAGAAGAGCAAGAGAGCCUUGGAUGUCAACACCUCGCUCUUGAGACCAGCCACCAAACCACGAAAAGUGACUUUCCUCUCGUGUGCUCUCUACGGCCCUUCUGAUGGAAGCAGAAACAGGGAGCAGCGUGGAGACUGGAAAGAAGGCCAACAGAGGCACUCGAAUUGCCCUGGUCGUGUUUGUCGGUGGCACCCUAGUUCUGGGCACGAUCCUCUUUCUAGUGAGUCAAGGUCUCUUAAGUCUCCAAGCUAAACAGGAGUACUGCCUGAAGCCAGAAUGCAUCGAAGCUGCUGCUGCUAUCUUAAGUAAAGUAAAUCUGUCUGUGGAUCCUUGUGAUAAUUUCUUCCGGUUCGCUUGUGAUGGCUGGAUAAGCGAUAAUCCAAUUCCCGAAGAUAUGCCAAGCUAUGGGGUUUAUCCUUGGCUGAGACAUAAUGUUGACCUCAAGUUGAAGGAACUUUUGGAGAAAUCGAUCAGUAGAAGGCGGGACACCGAAGCCAUACAGAAAGCCAAAAUCCUUUAUUCAUCCUGCAUGAAUGAGAAAGCGAUUGAAAAAGCAGAUGCCAGGCCACUGCUACACAUCCUACGGCAUUCACCUUUCCGCUGGCCCGUGCUUGAAUCUAAUAUUGGCCCUGAAGGGGUUUGGUCAGAGAGAAAGUUCAGCCUUCUGCAGACACUUGCAACGUUUCGUGGUCAAUACAGCAAUUCUGUGUUCAUCCGUUUGUAUGUGUCCCCUGAUGACAAGUCAUCCAAUGAACAUAUCUUGAAGCUGGACCAAGCAACACUCUCCCUAGCCGUGAGGGAAGACUACCUUGAUAACAGUACAGAAGCCAAGUCUUAUCGGGAGGCCCUUUACAAGUUCAUGGUGGAUACUGCCGUGCUUUUAGGAGCUAACAGUUCCAGAGCAGAGCAUGACAUGAAGUCAGUGCUUAGAUUGGAAAUUAAGAUAGCUGAGAUAAUGAUUCCUCAUGAAAACCGAACCAGUGAGGCCAUGUACAACAAAAUGAACAUUUCUGAACUGAGUGCUAUGAUUCCCCAGUUCGACUGGCUGGGCUACAUCAAGAAGGUCAUUGACACCAGACUCUACCCCCACCUGAAAGACAUCAGCCCCUCCGAGAAUGUGGUGGUCCGCGUCCCGCAGUACUUUAAAGAUUUGUUUAGGAUAUUAGGGUCUGAGAGAAAGAAGACCAUUGCCAACUAUUUGGUGUGGAGAAUGGUUUAUUCCAGAAUUCCAAACCUUAGCAGGCGCUUUCAGUAUAGAUGGCUGGAAUUCUCAAGGGUAAUCCAGGGGACCACAAUUUUGCUGCCUCAGUGGGACAAAUGUGUAAACUUCAUUGAAAGUGCCCUCCCUUAUGUUGUUGGAAAGAUGUUUGUAGAUGUGCACUUCCGGGAAGAUAAGAAGGAAAUGAUGGAGGAAUUGAUUGAGGGCGUUCGCUGGGCCUUUAUUGACAUGCUAGAGAAAGAAAAUGAGUGGAUGGAUGCAGGAACGAAAAGGAAAGCCAAAGAAAAGGCGAGAGCUGUUUUGGCAAAAGUUGGCUAUCCAGACUUUAUAAUGAAUGAUACUCAUGUUAAUGAAGACCUCAAAGCAAUCAAGUUUUCAGAAUCCGACUACUUUGGCAACGUCCUACAAACUCGCAAGUAUUUAGCACAGUCUGAUUUCUUCUGGCUAAGAAAAGCCGUUCCAAAAACAGAGUGGUUUACAAAUCCAACGACCGUCAAUGCCUUCUACAGUGCAUCCACCAACCAGAUCCGAUUUCCAGCAGGAGAGCUCCAGAAGCCUUUCUUUUGGGGAACAGAAUAUCCUCGAUCUCUGAGUUAUGGUGCUAUAGGAGUAAUUGUUGGACAUGAAUUUACACAUGGAUUUGAUAAUAAUGGUAGAAAAUAUGAUAAAAAUGGAAACCUGGAUCCUUGGUGGUCUACUGAAUCAGAAGAAAAGUUUAAGGAAAAAACAAAGUGCAUGAUUAACCAGUAUAGCAACUAUUAUUGGAAGAAAGCUGGCUUAAAUGUCAAGGGGAAGAGGACCCUGGGAGAAAAUAUUGCUGAUAAUGGAGGCCUGCGGGAAGCUUUUAGGGCUUACAGGAAAUGGAUAAAUGACAGAAGGCAGGGAGUUGAGGAACCUCUUCUACCAGGCAUCACAUUCACGAACAACCAGCUCUUCUUCCUGAGUUAUGCUCAUGUGAGGUGCAAUUCCUACAGACCAGAAGCUGCCCGAGAACAAGUCCAAAUUGGUGCUCACAGUCCCCCUCAGUUUAGGGUCAAUGGUGCAAUUAGUAACUUUGAAGAAUUCCAGAAAGCGUUUAACUGUCCACCCAAUUCCACGAUGAACAGAGGCAUGGACUCCUGCCGACUCUGGUAGCUGGGACGCUGGUUUAUGGCAUCCUGAGACAGUUGCACAGUGCCAGCAGAGGCUGCACUGAGCCUUCAUCGCCCAUUGCUUUAGGCCUGGAGACUUUCAUUUUUAGUGCAUUUUCAUUAUUUGGGUAGGUGACCUGCUUGGAUCUAGACAGCAUCUGUUCAGAGUUGUAGGGCUUAUAAAAUGGAAUACAAGCAUGAACCAAGUAUGUGUUUUUAGAAAAUCAAACCAACAAAAAUAAAUCCCUAGGCUACUUUUGUGAAAAUGCUAUCUGCUAAAUUGUUGCUAUUGCCCAUUUUAGUGUGUUAGCCACAGUUAUGUGGUACAUACCAUUUCAAUCUAUAGCUUUGUGGGAAGCCUAAAUUGAUAUAUCCAUUAAAAGUUCAAUCUAUUAAACUUGUAGCCUCUCGAUGAAGACAUGUGCAUGAACACCUGGGAGGGCUUGCUGCUCUACGGAAUGCAGUGCAAGUUUUUAUGGACAGUAAUUACACAGCAUUCCUCAACUCUAAGGUAGUUAAAUUAGAAAUACAUUUGAUCUCCAUUUUACAAUUUUUAUGAAGUUCUUGCCUUCAGAUUUGGAGUCUAUUGGAAUGAAAACGUGUGUCACAGCUUGCAUCUGAUGUAGCAGAUUGCCCUGUUCAAGUCAGCAUAAACAAAGCUGGCAGAAAGGCUACUAGGUAACGGAUUUGAGUUUAUUAAAUAGAAAAAAGGGAAUGAGGAUCUAUCUUUAGAUCCCAGAGGAAGUAAAACCUCCUGGUUACAUAACAGCAGGGAAACUAGGAGAUGAAGAAACUAGGAGAUGAAAUCUCCAAAAUUUUGUCCAAUCUGUAUGAACUGCAGUGAUUGUCUGCUAGACACUUUUUUUAGUCUAAUUCUUGUUUGUUUCAUCAGCUUCAUAUGUGUGCAUUGUACUGGUUUUGAAAUGAGCAGACAUUGAGAAAACAAUUUUCUGAUUCCCCAUUAGGAACAUACGACUUUCACUUCCCUUUAGUGCAAAGGAACAAACAUCACAUUGAGGAGGGAGAAAUGUGCCCUUCUGUUUCAGCUUAAUGUUACCUCUCUUUUAAAAAAUUCUUUUUAAAAAAUUUCUUGAUGACAUUCUGGAAUUUAUUAAUUUAAUUUAAAAUUCCCUGCAUAGUCCAAAUAAACAUAAUUUUUACUCUUCAAGUCAUCUAAAGAGUUAUGAGAAAGAGCAGUACUAUGUGUUUUAUCCUUAGAGCAUUAUCCUUCUAAGUGAACUCCUUUCUUAUUAGUGAGUGUGUGUGUGUGUGUAGGAUAAAAUUGUAAUGGCCUUAAAGUUGUUACCUGGCAUUUUUGGUUUCUUAAAAUAGGCAUCCCCAUACCCCCUUUACAUUAUUCAUUAUACAUGAGGUGCUGGGUUAAGUGGGCCAAUAGGAAAAUCUCAAAAGCAAAAUGACAAAUUCAGAUUAACCACAGGAAGCCAUUUUGUGUCCCUGCGAUUUGUGAUUCUUUUAAAAAUAUAUAUAUGUGUGUGUGUGUGUGUGUGUGUGUGUCAUGUCCUUUUGUAGCCAUGGGAACGUUUGAAGGGAGAAAAAUGGAGGGGCACCAUCAUGAGGAAACAAUUACACUACAUUAGUCAGAGGAGAGCGAUUUUCCCCUUGACUUCUUCCUCUCUGAAUGGAUAAACUUGUGAAGGGCAGCUACCUUCUCCUCCUCUUAACCUGGCUUAAUGUGACCUUAGUUUGUAUUUCUAAAAACAAGCAGUAUUAGGUUGGGAAUGUAUGUGUCUUUUCUCUGGAGGAAGCAUUCUGACUUGGUUUAUAGACAUAUAACAUACUCUGUUUUAUUCCUGCACUUCGGUGUUUAAAAUCAGCUGAGGUUUGUCAUGCUUAUAUGAAUAGUGUUUCCCUUCUAGAUUUCCUUUAGAAACUCCAAAUAAACACAUUCCUGCAGGUCAGAGAAAGUGUUUGAUAAAAGCAUAGAAUUAUGGCUUUGGAAACAGAAAUUAAGUCACUUGUUGGUUUAGCAAAAGUGGUUGGUGAUGAGUUGGGGCCCUCACAGUUUCUAGACAAGAAGCUUACCUUAUCCUGAUUCACUUUACUUGCUGUAACUGUUUUACUGAAAACUGUAGGUAGGAUGUCCGUUACUAAAACAAAGCAAAGCAAAACAAAACAACAAACCAAAAGCAGCAAUACCAAAUCAUCACUACUAGCUAGAACAAUUAGAAGGAUUGAAUUUCCAAAUAUAUGCUCAUGUUUAACUCUUCCAAUUACAUUCUCAUUGUCCUUUCUCUUAGAUACAGAUUGCUAAGAUUAACAGACACUGAUUAAGUGGUAGAAAGAGAAAGGUAAAAUGCAACUGGAAGGGAAAGAAAAAAGUAGGGAGAAGCUGGCCUAUGGAUGUGACUCUGAAGAGAAGACAGGAUUUUGGCAUUCCUUGCUAAGCACAUUCACUGGAGUAGGGCCAUAAAGUUUUUAAAAAAAAAUUAUGGUAAAUUAAAAGGAUAUUAGAUAUUAGAUAUCAGACUAGGGCUGCUAUAAUACAGUUCUCUGAUUCACACACCAGAUGUUCUGCCAGUGAACUAUUGUCUGGGCAUUGGAAGGAGUUAGGGUUUUUGUGUUUGUGAAAAUCUCCUGGAUUAGUAAAAAAUUAUUUUAGAUAUAAAGUGGUUUUAUUUGGGCUCAUGACCAUUGCCCAAAGUAUACUGAGCUUUUCACUAAGUGCUCAGCAUUGGCCUCCUGUUCUCAUUUAUUCAUUUUAUGAGAUGGACUUGGACAUCACUAAUGCAAACACACGAUUCAUAAAUUAUCCUGAAGUUUAUUUAGUGCCUUGCCUCAAUGGAGCUUAAGCAUAGCACAUAAGUUUUAUCUUAUUUAGCCCUGGAGCAUCACUAAGAAGCAGCUAGGAACUAUGGCUUGCCAGACAGAUUAUGCUUGUGCCAGAGAAGUGGAGAAGCCUGAAAUCUCUUGUCAAGUAUCCCACAGGAAGGAAAGGUAGUCUUUGGGCUUUGGUCUACUGACCUGUGGAUUAACCUCUAUCCCUUAGAUUAUCCCAUUUCUAAAUACAUUUAUUCAAUCAGUAUUUCUAUAAUCACUUAGCAUUUGAUAGGCUUCUUCCUUGAUACAUUUAACAUAAUGCCUCAGUUGCAUAUUAAAUUAUGGAAGAAUAUACGAUUGCUUCAUAUAACAACAUUCUCAUCACCAAUGACCGUGUCCUACUGGUUUGAAGAAAGAUGUUCUUGGAUUAUACGUUUUAUAUCUAAAUGGUUAUUGGGAGACUGGUUGUAUUUUCUUCUACUCAUGAAACGAUGUAAACAGUCAUUUUAAGGACAAUAAAAAGUUGGUUGAA